AAGCCGGGCAUGUUCUAACAUAUCCAAGCAGACCAGCCUACUUAGCCUAUACCACACUUCGUCUGCCGCUUUACUUAUCACAAUGAAGGCAGAAGUAUAGACUUGGCUUAUUUUUUUUUAUCAGAAAAAUGUGUUAACUAUUUCGUGGACUGUGAAAUGAAUGGAUCCUUCUCUUGGCUCAUGCUCCGCUCGUCACCAUGUCUAUACCGGCUAAAGUGAUGCGCGAGGGGAUGUUGGAGAAGCGCAGCAGUGGGCUCCUCCAGCUGUGGAAGAAGAAGCGCUGUAUUCUGACAGAGGAAGGUCUCCGUCUCCACGAUUGCAAGGACAGCGGGAGCGGAGAAGACAGUGAUGCUCCGUGCGUUGCGUUUGGCUCAAAAGCCAAAGAGCUGCGCUUUGAGCGCAUGACUACAGUGGACUGUGUGGAGUAUAAACGAGGACUCGUGUACUUUACGGUGGUUAUGGCCACGGGGAAAGAGAUAGACUUCAGAUGUUCACAAGAAGGAACCGCCUGGAACGCAGAGAUUGCCUUGGCUUUGGUGCGGUUUAAAAACCUACAAGCAGUACAGACAGGAAAGAACCGGCAUCUGUCCACCGCACACCUGAGGACCUGGGGAGAACAGGAGCUCUGAUGGGACAAGAAUGGCCAAAGAAAACCAAUGGGAAAAGGAAGGUGCCUGGAUCCUGCGUUGAUCAAAGUGGAUUCAACAGUUGCCUAUUUUUGAUGUUACUAUAAUGUUAUGUUUUUUUCCAUGUUAUAUAUUGACCUCUCUGGCAGAGCUAUGAGCAUUAUAUUUCUUUACAUGAAGGUUGUGGAGCUGCUUGGAUCAUCUCCUGUAUCUUAUAUUCUAUAGGUACACCUCUUUUAGGACACUUUACUGUGGUCACUUUUUUCCUCUGUGUUACUCAGAUGGAUACACUUGUGAUUGACUGAAUGGUGCUUAGGAUUUGGCACUUUUAUAUUUGUAUAUGUACUUCCAAACCAUGUACAGUAUUAUUAAAUAAAUACACAUUUAACUGUAUUGUUUUAAAA